CGGCUGGCGGGGGCGACGGGUGGAGGAGGCGGGGCAGGAGGAGGAAGUGGUCAGCGGUCGGGUGGCUGCGCCGGCCCGCGAUGCCGCUGCAGAGGUUGCUGCUCGCUGGUGCGCGCCGCGCGGUCUUCAGGUCCGCGGAGCCUGCGCUGCGGGGUUUGAACUCAAUAAAAGGAAACUGGCACAAUUUUUGUACUGCUGUUUAUAAAGAUGUAACUUAUGAGGAACUGAAAAACCUCUUGAAUUCCAAAAAAAUCAUGUUAAUUGAUGUUAGAAACACAUGGGAAAUUAUUGAGUGUGGAAAAAUCCCUGGGUCUGUCAAUAUACCAUUAAAUGAGGUAGGUGAAGCUCUACAGAUGAACCCAGAAGACUUCAAGGAGAAGUAUAAUGAAAUAAAGCCAUCCAAAUCUGACAGUCUAAUAUUUUCCUGUGCAGCUGGCCUGAGAAGCAAGAAGGCUCUGGACACAGCAAUAUCUUUGGGCUUUACCAGGUCUCAACACUAUGCUGGAGGAUGGAAGGAAUGGUCUACCUAUGAAGAUUCAGAGAAGAAACAAGGAAACUGAAGUUUGGAAUACAAGCUGGCUCUUGCCUUAUGUACAUGCAGCCUAGAGUUGUGGAAUGAGCAAAAGAAUAAAAAUCUAGCUCUGGCA